CAGCUGGCUGAGCAAAACGCGCUCGUCUAAGUUCCUCCACACAGAAUGAACUCAGGCUCGGAGGUGGAAGGGACUAAACUCACUUGACCCGGCGGGGUUUUGAGCUCGCUUUCUUUAAAUUCUCUCUGCGUGUUGGACAACGACGGCAACAUCUUUGUGGCCGCUCACCCUACAGUGACCCCCGUAUGGACGAUGAGGAGGAUGAUGUGUUUGAGCCAGUCUCCAGCUGCUGGCGCAAAACCUUCAGGGAGAUAAAGUGUGAAGACCGGGGCACACAGACACCCGGUCCUGCCCUGCUACCACACAGCGGCAUGCUGCCCUGUGGAGUCGCGGAGGAGCCCAGACCACUAUUCUACGGCAACGCAGGUUUUCGAUUGCACUUCCCUGCACGCUUUGAGAUUGUUGGGGAUUUUGAAGCAAGACAACAAGACAGGGAAGAGGAGCCAAACAGGAUGGAGCGGCCGCCCGCCGCACGCAGCCUGGAGGUUUGCAUCGGACAGAAACUCCAGCUGAUAGGAGACCAGUUUCACCGGGAACAUUUACAGCAGUAUCAGCGAAACCAAAGGAAUCAGGGGCCGCUAUGGUGGCGCCUGGCUGCAGCUCUCCUAGGCCUUCUGUUUGAUAGAGGGCUUGUUGCUGGAGGAGGGCUUGUGGGACAGAGGUGAGGGGGUUCGUCCCUUCACGUCCUUCAUCUUCAUCUCGGUGAGGAACUGGACUUAUAGUCGCACUGUCAAAUCUAACACGGGUCAGUUUGGGGAAAGGAAGAAAGAAAGAAGACAAAAACAGGUCACCGCGGGACGGCGACAACCAACUUUUGUACGAGGUCAAAUGUUUUCUCUUUCUAAGAAGAUGCCAUGAUCCUCCCAAGAUUCCUCGAAAGGACAAUGUUCAUAUUUUGACCUACAUGUAGUGUAGUAGUUUUGUACAAUACAUUGUUCUUUUUUAAAGUUUUUGCACUUCAAUGUGUAUCCUUCUUAAAUGACCUCCGCAGACCCUGGGAAUGCCUUAUUCAGUGUCUUCUGCCAGAAGGAGCAUUUGAACAUUUUUGACAGGCAAGUUGAGAUGGUUAGGAAACGAACGAAAAUGUGGUGUCUAAACUUCCUUUCUGAAGUCCACCAGGUGACCAGUCAAGUUGAUUUACUAACUUCCAAAGAGGCCAUGUCUCAGAACAAAGCAUUUUGCACCUCACCUCAAUGGAACAUUAAUCUUUUUAUUUCUUGUAUUUUUUUCUAUUCCUUUUCUUUUUCUUGUAUAAAAGUUUUGACCCUAAUUCCACUACCUCCGCUCCGCCCCCGCCUUUCGCAGCCGCUCGCUUCCGAACUCAAUUUUUACUGGUACCCGCUCUACAACGGCUCCGCUCCGGUGCGGAGACCUGAGGUGCGCAAACAGGCAUGCGCGGGAUUUUCGAGAUCUUGCGAUACAGUCCGAGCAAUAAACGCGGAAGUUAGAUCCAAACACCUGUUGUGUGGGAGAAGCAUCGACAUGAACUGUUUAAUCUGCCCAUCAUUUGUGUUGUGAGAUCAGCAGAGUUUGGAUCAACAAAGUGUGACUACUUUGAUAGUGGAAACUGUAUUUCUGGCUUACUUUUGUGCAUUUAAAGUUCAGCCGCCAUUGAUAGUUGUUAAAAGUUGUUAAACCUGUGCAUAUGAAACAAAAAACGCUUUUUGUUUAUCGAUUUAUUGUGAAAUAACGGAAGCUGUGCUUGCUCCCUUUCCUGUUGGCGGUUGUGAUUCCUGUCCAUUUACUGCGGAGGUGCUCCGGCGUCCGGCAAAAAUAGGAUCGAUUCUAUUUUUGCUGGAUGCCGGAACAGAGGGCGGCGCACUGCGCCGCACUGCCGCAGCACGGCCGCAGUAGUGGAAUUGCUCUGAUUGACUACAACGGGACCGAUUUUGCUGCGGAGUUCGUGCCGGAGCGGAGCGGAGGUAGUGGAAUUUGGGGUAGUGUCUUCUAUAAUACUGGGAAUGAGGUCAGAUAUCUGUACAUAUAAUCAGAAUCGAGUUUAUGGCCUCGUUCAUACAAGGAAUUUAUCUAGAUUCAUGGGUGCAGAAAGGUUGCGAAAGACAUACAGACAAAAACAUGGCUCACUGUGAGCUGUCAUCUAAAUAUAUUUUAAUACAGUCAUGUGCUACAUGUCAAACAUUUUUGGACCUUUUAAAAGUACAUGGGUGGAGCUGGCAAUUGCUGUCUGGCCAAACAAGCCUGGCUAGUUGCAGCCAACCUGAGAGACAGCCAAACAAAUAUGAGAAAAUAAAUAACAACAUUAACAGUAAAGCAAUAAAAAUGCUGUAGUAUCAUGCAAAUACUGAAUCAACAAGUUCAGUUAGCUGGCAUCAGUUUAACUAAUCAAUCGUUUAUUUUUCACUAAUUUAUGUCUGAGAUGUAGCACACUGAAAAGAUGUUUAUAUCAAAAGAUGGGUGCUGACGUUUACAGAAAACUACUAAAGAUAUAGCAUCAUGCACUAAAUAAGAACAAGACAUAACAAGCACAUGUCACACUGAGCUUUCCUCUAAACCAGGGUGUCCAAUAGGUUGAUCACAAAGCAAUCACUCCCCUGGCCCUGACUGACCGCUUUGAGCUGCUCACUGUAAAAGGUUGUAAAAAUGUGGGCACCCCAGCUCCACACCAACAUUUUACCCAAUGGAAAGUCUAUCAUAGAUAGUUUAUUUAGCCUUUUUUUUAAUUAGACCUCCUCUCAGCGUCUCUGUGUUUUCCUUUGUUUUAUGUUCUUUUCAUGUGAUUGUUUUCAGACCUCCAUGCCCUUUGAGUGGAACUAUGGAUCCACUGUUUUUGCACUAGACUUUCCACCCUUACAAGAGUUCAGAUUGUUACCAAUCCAACCUCUGUCUUGUAUGAAGGUUUUCACUUCCCUCCCGCCACAUUUCAGUCACUUGUCCAAGACAAAUAAUCAGUAUUGAGGCCUGACUAAACACAGUCUGGAGUCUGGAUUUGAUAUCAGUUCUGGAAAUUUCACUUUGGGCUUAGUUUGAGAUCGAACUGGAGCCACGUCCCUCAAUUCAAAGGUUCCUUGGUUCACUUUUCAUUCGUGGACACCUAACAAUAUGGCGUAACCAAUCUGUGAAACAGAAUCCGCCCCUCUCAGGAUUCCCAUCGGGUUUAAGAUGUUCUGUUGGGUGAUCUUUUAUUGUCUUUGGUGCUUCGAUACAGAUUUGGGGCAGCACACAUUAACCACCACUGUCUAAGCAGACAAACAACCUCUGAAAACAAACUAAAGUAGAAAAGACUGUAAUUCUUCUUGAAAUAUGAAUAUGUUUGAAGACACUGUUGAAGAUGCUGUUUUUCUUAGAUUUUCUUGCUGAUUUCAGGCAUUUUGGGGACCCUAGGAGCAGUACAUAUCAGGGGUCUGUAAUUACUUGCUCCUUAUAAUGUAUAUCACUGCAUAGUUGCCGGGGUUUUCUCAUUUUUCUUAAGAUGUCUCAGGGACAGACUUUUUGGGCUACUGGUAACCUUGAGGAUAGAAUAAAAUGGAAUAGAAUAGAAACAUCCUUUAUUGUCCCUCAAUGAGGAAAUGUCGGUGUAACAGCAGCAAAGUUGACUCUCAAACAGAAUAAAAGGCUGUUAGAACUAAAGCAGUGUUUUCACCUUUUAGAGUAUUUUCUUAUUUUCAUUUGACCUUAAAAAUCUUUCAGGACGAUUUCUAGCACAUACAUCAAGUUACAGUUUGAGGAGUGUGAGGCUGACCGACUGGCUGUGGUGGUGACUGGAGCUACUGGGUAUGUAGUCAGAGGCGUGUGAGGUGCACUGAAUGUGGUUGUGGUGAUAAAGUUUCCUGCGGAUCCUGAAUGCUGAGCCAGUCCCCGUAUAGCGCCUUGUCUCACCAUUGCCUUCCUCAUCACGCUGCUCCCUUCAUGACAUGGUCAUUUUUUCACUUUAUUUGUAAUUUAUUUUGCCAUUUUUUAAUUUAUUUUUUCUACUGUAUACACGUGUGUGUGCAAUCACUUCUACCUUUUUCCUGCUUUGGUCUUGGACUUUUGUUUGUUCAGCGCAAACUGGCCUUCGUCAUGCCCUGAACGCUCAUCCCUCAUCGUCUCGUUUGAUGCUCGCUCUGCACCAAUCCUCUGCUUCUAGUCGGAGAAAACUUGUCACUAUCUGAAUAUAUUGUUGUCAUGCCACGAUUAUAAAAACCCACCAUUCAUGCCUACAUGAGUGUACUCUCAGAAAGAGAAAGGCAGGGUUGUGGGAUAAUAAAUAAAAAGUUCACGAUUAGGCUAACCACUUUUUUCCUUCUUCAGCCAUUUAACUCACCAGAUUCACAAUAUGCUGUUCUAUAAAUGCAGUAGCUUGAAAGCAGUUCAGUCUUUAGGCAGAAUACAACCUUUUAUUCCUUCAAAUUUCUCAAUGAUGUGUAGGAUUUUUGCAAAAACUGAAAACAGACCCAAAAAGGUUGCAUAAUUAGCCUAAAAAAACCACAGAAUGUUAGUUUGUUUUUUGUAUUUUUUUACCUUAAUCAUUGUGUUGUAAAUCAGUAUGCACUGGAAAGUACUUUGUUUCUGUAAAUCCCACAGGUCUUCUAUUUGUUGUGUGUUGAUGUAUAGUAUACACUCUGGAUUGGUCUCUUGGGCUAAUCUUGCCAUGUGUCAGUUGUGUGGGAGCCUAAGUCACGCCCAUCUACGUAUGGACCAUGGGUCCCCAGAAGUAAGAAGAAAUGAAUGUAAGUCAACGGGGCUUUUUAAAACUACUUCUAAUGUUCCAUGGAUUUCACAUAUGAUGUCCGUGGAUUUUAAAGACACAUUUUAGUGCCAAUAAAGUGCUUAUUUUUCAACAGUGGCAAUAUUUAUGUUAGGUUUUAUGUGGGACUCACUACAAAUGUUCAUCUCACCAAAUUGACGUCAUUGAACCGGACAUGGAGAAAAGGAGAAGAUUAGUUUAGCAGCUUCGGACAACAGAAGGAGCAUUAAACAUGGCGAAAACCACUAUAAAUCUGGUUAGGUGGAAAGUAGCAGCUACCAUGAGGGAGGAGAUUCUGCAGUGACGAUUAUGAGAGUUCUGAUUUGUAUUAAUUUCAUAACAACUUUUUACAAGCUAAUCUUAAGUUACGUGACAGAAAUAGUCGAAACUCACAUCAUUACUUUUAUUUAAAUUGAAGUACAACAUAUGAGUGAUUCUGUGUGUGAGACAAAGCGGAUUGGAAAAUAACUUUUAUAGCCCCAUUCACUUGCAUUCGUGGUGUCUGUUCCGGGAACCCACGAGCUGACCGGAAAGGGAGGAGACUUCGGCUCUCUCUGUGCAUUAAUCAAGAAGGUUUAGGAUGGCUCGUUGAUUCAUUGGAAAGGGAAAUGAGCCACCACGGUGCCCUUGAUAUUUUUUAUGUUAGGUACCUAAACUGCCCUCAUGUUGUAAAUGAGAGCAGCGCUCCAAGAGUGGAGCAGGUACUUCACAAAAACCAUUAGUGUCUUGAAUUUUGUUGUCUAAUUUCUAUAAUAUAAAAUUAGCUUUUUUUAAGAAGGAAGAUUUUGACCUUUUUCAUAACAUUUCUUUGUGGUUUUUCUUAACUUUUUGAAAUUGUAUUUUCUUAAGAAAAUUGGUCCAAUUUUGUGAGGACAGUUCAUGCUUGUACAAUAUUUUUUAAUACAAGUCAUUUUGAAGGAACUUGCAACAUUCCUUGCACAUCAUAUGUCAUGUGAUGGAACAAGGCAAACAAACAAAACAACUAAAAUUCAUGGUUUAGCUGAUUUGUUUAAUGGAUAUAUUAACUUUGCCCUUCUUUCAACAACAGAUUAAGUGUACAUGCAUAAAAAAACCUGGAAGAUGCCUUUAACUGCUCAGUUUUGAUGAAGUCUUGAUUAUCACACACUCUCUGUAUACCAAGAAAUGAGACCCAGCGAAAAUGUAGCAUUUUUGUAAACAUUGACUGUGUGUUUUCGAGACUCUACUGUGCAUUCUUUUUUUUUUGUGUUUAUAUAUAUUUUUCUGGUUGUCAAAAUUCAUAUGGAAGUAAAGACAAUUUGCUAUGUAGUGCAAUAUGCUGUACAUACAGAGCCUUGCUCUACGAAUCCUUCUUUUUCUGGAUUUCUUGUUGUUUAUUGGUACUUUUUUUUCAAUAAAACUUUAUUGACAUUA